AUGAAGGUAUCCAAGAUAUUCGUCUUAUUUAAUGUUAUACUAAUAACGCAUUAUUUAGUUUUUGGUUUGUCGAAAAGUGUACCCAAGAAAAAUACGAGCGCUUUUAAGAAAUUCCAAGAUGAUUUAUCAAAGAAAAUAGCAAAAAACAAGAAAACCAUCGUGGCUGCAUUAGGAUAUAUAGCGGCCGCAACUGCAAUAGCUGCAGUAGGAUAUGGAGUUGGUGUACAUACAGCCCAAAAGAAAGACUCCAAAAGCAAAAAACUACCCUCAAUUUCUCGUAAUUCAUCAAAUAGUAAUCCCAAAAACACAAAAGGAACUAAUAAAAAUGAAACACAACCCAAUAGUGAUUACAAGCCUUCUAAAUCUGGAGGGUCUUCUAAAUAUCCUAAAACAGAAUCAUCUACUAAAGCAAGCACGUCUUCUAAACUAGAAUCAUAUUAUCCCAAAUAUGUUAAAUCAGACUCACCGGCUAAACCAGACUCACCGGCUAAACCAGACUCAGCUCCUAAAUCAGAAUCAUCUACUUAUAUAACAUCUUAUAAACCACGUUAUGGAACAACUUCUCCUGCUAGAUCUGAAUCUCCUACUUCUUCUGUAUCAUCUACAUCUCUUUCUAAAACUUCAACAUAUUCCACUUCUUCAUCACCACCUGUUUCUAAAACUUCAACAUCUUCCACUCCUGUAUCAUCUACAUCUCUUUCUAAAACUUCAACAUAUUCCACUUCUUCAUCACCACCUGUUUCUAAAACUUCAACAUCUUCCACUCCUGUAUCAUCUACAUCUCUUUCUAAAACUUCAACAUAUUCCACUUCUUCAUCACCACCUGUUUCUACAUAUAAUCAUGGUUCUUCCUCUGUUAACUCUACUAACUCAAGUGGUAAUGCUUUAUAUAAUUAUAGUAUCCCUAGGCCCAAUGUCACAUCUAACUUAUCUAUUUCAUAA